CAGCACCGCGGACAGCUCCUCCUCCUUCUUCUCCUCCACCUCCUCCUUCUUCUCCACCUCCACCUUCUCCUCCUCCUCCUCGCCGCCGAACCGACGCCGAACUCCGCGCUUGAUCGUCCUCGGAAAUGCGGGGUUCGGAGUGAGAACGUUCCGAACUCGGACGGACCUUCGCUCGUGCUCCUUCGUCUGCGGACGUCCGCGCGGUUCCGGGAGAUGGAGGCUCGCUUGGCCGGGUCGCCGGACGCGGUUCUGGACGGAGACGCGGAUCCAGUGUGGUGGUGAGGAGGAUGAGGAGGAUGAGGAAGAUGCUGAUGCUGCUGACGUUUGCCGCGCUUUGGGACAACACCUGCGCCAUGGACUCAGCAGGUGGCGCCGCACCUGGCCAAGAGUGGCUGUGGUCUCUGGUGUCCGCCUGCGCCCUGGUCGGCCUGGUGGUCUUCACGCUGACCUGCUUGUGCUGCAAGAAGACCAGGACCAGGACCAGGACCAGGACCAGGACCGGCUUCACGGAGUUCCACAAUGUCCAAGAUGGCGAGGACUUCCACGCUCACAUGGCGCCGGACGGCCCGGAUGUUUACAUCCUGCCUCUCACCCAGGUGUCCCUGCCGGUCGCUAGGCAACCCGCUCUGCCGGUCCAACUCCAGAAAUCUUCCAACCUGAGCCGCCACAAUCUCCUGUACCUGAAGGAGAUCGGAAAUGGCUGGUUUGGGAAGACGUCUCAUCUCUUGAGUGUUGACAAGCAGAUAAAAUCUCCUUCUCUUCCUCGUUUAUCACCAUCAUCUUCCACCUGUGUCUGCCAUGAUUUGGUUCUUCUGGGGGAGCUCAAUCAGAACCUGCGAAGCAGUCAGGUGGUGGUCAAGGAGCUGAAGGCCAGUGCCAGCGUCAAGGAACAGAUGUACUUCCUAGAAGAAAUACAAGCUUACCGGGUGCUGCAGCACUCGUCUCUGCUGCAGUGCCUGGCCCAGUGCACUGAGGUCACGCCCUACCUGCUGGUCAUGGAGUUCUGUCCACUGGGUGAUGUGAAGGGUUAUCUGCAAAGCAGCAGGUCUGCAGAGAGCGUCGCCCCCGAGCCGUUACUUCUCCAGCGAAUGGCGUGUGACAUCGCAUCAGGACUUCUGCACCUGCACAAGCACAACUUCACUCACAGAGACCUGGCUUUGAGGAACUGCUUGCUUACAGCCGAUGCUACAGUGAAGAUUGGCGACUAUGGCUUGUCCCACACCAAGUACAGGGAUGACUACUUUGUGACAUCUGAUCAGACUUUUGUGCCCCUGCGCUGGAUCGCACCUGAGCUGGUGGACGAGGUGCACGGAAAUCUGCUGGUGGCCGAGCAGACCCAACAGAGUAACAUCUGGUCUCUGGGAGUGACCAUCUGGGAAUUGUUGGAGCUGGGAAACCAGCCUUACAGCCAUUAUUCUGACCAACAAGUUCUGGCCUACGCCUUGAGGGAGCAGCAGCUGCGACUAUCCAAACCGAUGCUCAAAGUUCCUUUGGCUGAACGAUGGUACGAGGUGAUGCAGUUCUGCUGGCUCCCGCCUGAUCAGAGACCCAUCGCUGAGGAGGUCCAUUUGCUGCUGAGCUACUUGUGUGCCAAAGGUGCCAGCGAGGCCAAAGAUGACUUUGAGAGGCGCUGGAACUCCAUGCGGCCCAGUGCCGGACACAACAUUCGCAGCGGAUCCCCGAUGAUGACGCGCGAGCAGCUUUCGUCCACCUCCUCCUCUUUCCCUCUGCUUGAACGAUUCUCAGGCACUGACGGAUACCACUCAGAGUCUGGGGAUGACAUUUUAACGAUCACUGAGACCAGCCAUGGCCUGAACUUUGAGUACAGGUGGGAGCAGGCCCGGGCAGAGCAGUCAUACGGAGGCCAGAACUCCUCCAGUGGCCUCAGUCAAGUCAGUCAUCAUGAAGCAUUUUAUCCACCGGUGGGGAUUGUGGGAGGCUGCCUCAAUCAUGAAGCUUCUCCUUCUUGCUACCAACCUAAACUUCUGCACGCUCCUGGUGUACUUCCUGUCUUUAGCGCCCACGGCCCAUCAGUAAACAGUGAAUACUACAUCCGCAUCGAAGAACCCGUAGACUGUAACAUGGAGCCUGAGUAUACCAUGUGCUCUUACAGUCCAGACUGCCAGGGAAGCAGUGGCAGCUUCCUCACCGGCAGUGCAGACUCAGAUGAAAUGAUGGUCUGCCCAACUCAGGCUAAAAUCCUAGACCCCUUCUGGUCAGCAGACAUGCACAAAUCAGAUGUCUAUGACUCAAAUGAGUCCAGUCCUGCUAUCUCUCUGACAAUGGAACCCCUUUUAGGGCAGGUUGCAGACAGCAGCCCUCUACGACCAUGGGAGUCCAGUCACUAUGUGUCCUACAAAGAUCAAGAUGGAGGUUACUACUAUGAGCACACGUCACCUGUGGACAUAGAACACUAUCUUAUGGGGGGUGAGAUGUCCACUGAACAACUUUAUGAAAGCUGGGGGUCAAGGAGUCUUCGCCAGGCAUUGGGCGAGUUGGAGACCCCAGUGGGAAUAACUCCGUCUUUCAGUAGUCCCAUUGAAGAGGCCUACAGUGACUCUUACUUGGACACAACACAAACCUCAAUCCUCGAUAAGACAGUGACAGGAGGCUACUAUGACAUGAUGGGCUCCCUGAGGAAGACCAUGCCGAGCCACAGCAGGCACAACAGCCACUCGGUCAGCAUCAACGUGGAGACAGAAGGGGCGCUCUUCAUUGGACGCAGGGAGAGCGAUUCAGAAGAGGAAGAAGAAGAGGACAUAUUUAUAGAGAGGUACACUUGCAACACAUGGCCUUCUAAACAUCGCCAUCGCAACGUUGUGCACCCAAGACGAGCGAGCCAGAGCGGCAGACAAGACACCUAUGUGGACUUUCAAUACACAAUGCCGAGCACAGACAUCGAAGAUUCCUGGCCUGAGGAGCGCAGCCUGGCCUUCCACAGUCUACCCAAGUCUGUCAACUACCUGGAGCAGCACCAGGCUAAAGACAGCAGCUGUCUGAGUCGACACCGUGCGACCGCAACCUUGGAGGGCUGUGAGGCCUUUGUCUACUUGUGUCACCAGAGUGAAACCCAAGGAGCGCCACCAAGAGAUUGCUGCCACUCACACUUUGUCGACCCACUCACUGGCAUGCUAGUCAGAGGCAGCAACUACUGCUACGCUCCGAACGACUACAUCUGCGACAAAGUUAUCAACAUCUCGAGCAAUGAAGAGAUGAUCAACCUUUCGCCGGCACCGGGGGGUCCAACUGUGUCCAAAGCUGCCUUGAUCAAGCCUGAGGGCGGUGGAGACAUAUAUGUGGAUCUCCGAACACAUGUGGCCCCUUGCGAAGAGACCAAGAAAGCGCUACUAGUGACAAAGCCUACAAUAGACCAAGAUAUGACUCAAACAUCUCCACCGCCUGCAGGCAACACGCACAUCAUGGUGGUCCUCACAGACCCGCCGUCAGAGAAGAGUCAAACAGGAGACAGCGGUCUCGAUCGAGGCUGCUCCAGCGUAAGCCUUACGGACAUCCUGGACUGCAGUGACAACGAAGACGAUGACAUGACUGAUGACAUCACUGAUAUCCCUUCAGGGAUCUUCGCAGACGAUGCUUCUCCUGCCUUCAAGUCACUACAGAAGCAGGUGGGAACACCAGAUUCCAUGGAGGCUAUGGAGGUACCGUCUGCAGCCGGUUUAUGUGAGGGUUCCAGCCCAGCCUCCCGCCCUUCCUGUUCCCCCAAAGCAAUGGACAGUGGCUACGACACAGAAAAUAAUGAGAGUCCAGAGUUUGUCCCAAAGGAACCUCAUGAACCCAGAGACCAAGCUACAACACAGCUUGCGAGUCUGGAGGAGGACGAGGCACAGGAGAUAUCACCAGAAGAAGAAGCAUCCUUUGAUGACUCCCAGUCACGUGACCACACCUUGUUACCACUGAGUCUGGAGACGCCACACAGUGACUCUGCCUACUUCUCAGACUAUGAGAAUGAACAUCAGUCCAAGAAUGAGGAGGAGCAACUGCACUAUAAAGAAGAAGAAACCCCAGAGACGAAUCAUGGAAGCAGACAUAGAGAACAUUCUUGUCCAGCACAAAGUGGAACAUUGGAAAGAGCAGACUGUGAUUGUGACGACUUGCUGGAUUCUUCAGGUGGACUCGAGGAGUGGCCAUCGCAGGAGGAGAACUUGUCUCUUGGAGACUGGGCAGCAGAGGUUGUUGGAGCCAUGGAGGAGGCUCUUGAUGCCCUUAACGGACAGCCUGAGGAGGAGGAGGAGGAGGAGGAGGAAGAAGGAGAACAAUUCUGUCAACCUCCCGAAAAAAGACCAGGGAUAGAAGUCCUGCACAUCUUACCCAAAGAUGAGGUGGCCUUGCAACACGCGGCCAACACAAGAAGGUCAUCUUUAUCUUCUCCUCCACCUCCAUCUCUUGUUGAUGGGGAGGAGGCGGUCAAGGAGGACGACGACUCCGAUGACAGUGAUGAGACGGAUGAGGAGUUGAAGACCUACAGUGUCCAAGAGGAGGAGAGCGAGGACGAGUCCUAUGUGGUACCCGUGGUGGUGUGUGACGACAGCCACGCCCUCAAACUGCGAGGCCUCCUCAAGACGCAGACUCUGCUCAACCUCCAUGAGGAGUUGGAGCGCAAGAAAAGGACGGUGUCCUUCUUUGAUGAUGUCACCGUCUAUCUGUUUGAUCAGGAGAGUCCUACUAAAGAGCUGGCUGCUCACGGACUCCCUUUGGCCACAGAAGGUCUCGGAAAAUAUCCUGAGAGGGUCUCUGACGACUCAUCAGACGGGAACGUCUCCGAGGAGAGUGCAGGCUUGGAGUGGGAGGACGACUUUCCGCUGCUUCCGCUGCCAACGUCCUCGGCCACUCUGGACUCGCCUCCCCACUCCGGCCCCGCCAAAGCUCAGGAGACGCAGCCGGCCGUGAAGUUUUCUCGCUUCACCGUGUCCCGCUUCUCCAUCACGCACGUCUCCGACUCGGAUGUGGACUCUGUUGGAGGAAGCAGCGAGGACGGGGACAAGGAGUGAAGGACAGGUUCUCGCCCCAGAGACCAGACCUGGACAUGUGACCACAGCGUGGGAGUGGCCUGGACAUCCUUUUCAUGUGUAGAAAUAUUGAUUGUGACUAGUUUCACUCUGCAGGGAUUCACUCCAUGAGGAGGAAGACCUGAUGGACUAAAAAGUGUACAGACGUGACCUCUUUUAGGACACAAGGAAGGAAGGAAGGAAGGACACAAGGAGACCAAUAUGUUGAAUCAUUUCGUAGCGAGCUCCUCGCAUCGAGUACAAUCGAGUCCGUGCAUGUUCCCACCACGUCUUGCUCUCAACAACGCCCAUCAUGGAGGCCACCUCACCUCGGCUUUUGGGCUGUCCAAAAGAAUCAGGUCACAUUUUGCUGCUUCAGAAAAAUGUUCACAGUGUCCCUAUUGUUUUGUCCCACCUCCUACUGUAACAAUUAAGAUAUUAGGAAGGUGAAAGGACUACAAAAUGUCAAAUAAACCUUACAUUUAUAUUUAACAUCAAUCAUAAACUGACAGUUAAACAGUCAAAAGAAGCUCAACUGAUGCACAGGAACAUGGAUAGACUGUUUAAAAACUGAUUCAAGACUUGUUUAAGACUGAUUCAAGACUUUUUUUUCAAUGCUUACAUUCUAUACUAAAUUAAGACUGAUUUAAGACUUGUUUUAGACUCAGACGUACGACUUAUUUAUGACUGGUUCAAGACUUAUUUAAUAGUGAUUCAAAACUAGUUUAAGACUUAAAUGUGUGACCUAUAUGUGACUGAAAUGUUAAAUACUUAUUCAAGAAUUACAGUAUUUAAGACUUGUUAAGACUCAUUUAUGACUAAUUCAAGACUUAAUACUGAUUCUAGAUUCAAGACUUAUUUAGGAGUAAUUCAAUGUAUUUAUUAUUAUUAUUAUUCAGUUGAUUCAAUUCUUAUUUAAAACUUGUUUAUGACUUGGAUUUAGGAGUUAUUUAUGAGAGAAAUGUUAAAUACUGAUUUAAGACUUACUGAUUCAAUACUUAUUUAAGACAAAUUCAAGACUUGUUUAAGACUCAGAUUUAAGACUUAAUAAUGACUGAUUCAAGAGUAAUUUAAGACUGCUUUAUGACUUAUUUAAGUGCUUAUUCAAGUCUUGAAAUGAAUACUUAUUAAAGUCUUCCAUGUAGGACUGUUCCAAGACUUGUUUUAGACUCAGAUGUAAGACUUAUUUAUGACUGGUUCAAGACUUAUUUAAUAGUGAUUCAAAACUAGUUUAAGACUUAAAUGUGUGACUUAUAUGUGACUGAGAUGUUAAAUACUUAUUCAAGAAUUACAGUAUUUAAGACUCAUUUAUGACUAAUUCAAGACUUAAUACUGAUUCUAGAUUCAAGACUUAUUUAGGAGUAAUUCAAUGUUUUUAUUAUUAUUAUUAUUAUUAUUCAGUUGAUUCAAUUAUUAUUUAAAACUUGUUUAUGACUUGGAUUUAGGAGUUAUUUAUGAGAGAAAUGUUAAAUACUGAGAGAUUCAGAUUUAAGACUUAUUAAUGACUGAUUCAAGACUUAUUUAAGAAAAAUUCAAUACUUUUUAAAGACAAAUUCAAGACUUGUUUGAGACUCAGAUUUAAGACUUAAUAAUGACUGAUUCAAGAGUAAUUUAAGACUGCUUUAUGACUUAUUUAAGUGUUUAUUCAAGUCUUGAAAUGAAUACUUAUUAAAGUCUUCCAUGUAGGACUGUUCCAAGACUUGUUUUAGACUCAGAUGUAAGACUUAUUUAUGACUGGUUCAAGACUUAUUUAAUAGUGAUUCAAAACUAGUUUAAGACUUAAAUGUGUGACUUAUAUGUGACUGAGAUGUUAAAUACUUAUUCAAGAAUUACAGUAUUUAAGACUCAUUUAUGACUAAUUCAAGACUUAAUACUGAUUCUAGAUUCAAGACUUAUUUAGGAGUAAUUCAAUGUUUUUAUUAUCAUUAUUAUUAUUAUUCAGUUGAUUCAAUUCUUAUUUAAAACUUGUUCAUGACUUGGAUUUAGGAGUUAUUUAUGAGAGAAAUGUUAAAUACUGAUUUAAGACUUACUGAUUCAAGACUUCUUUAAGACAAAUUCAAUACUUGUUAAAGACAAAUUCAAGACUUGUUUAAGACUGAUUCAAUACCUUAAGACUGAUUCAAGACUUGUUUGAGAUUCAGAUUUAAGACUUAUUAAUGACUGAUUCAAGACUUAUUUAAGACAAAUUCAAUACUUUUUAAAGACGAAUUCAAGACUUGUUUAAGACUCAGAUUUAAGACUUAAUAAUGACUGAUUCAAGAGUAAUUUAAGACUGCUUUAUGACUUAUUUAAGUGCUUAUUCAAGACUUGACAUGAAUACUUAUUAAAGUCUUCCAUGUAGGACUGUUCCAAGACUUGUUUAAGACUGAUUCAAGACUUUUUUUUAAAAUUUCAGACUGAAUCAAUACUUAUUUUAGACUUAGAUUCAAUACUAAAUUAAUACUGAUUCAAGACUUGUUUUUAGACUCGGAUGUAACUUAUUUAAUACUGAACAAAACGUGUUUAAGACUUAGAUUUGGGACUUUUUUAUGACUGAUUGAUAUAUUAAAUACUUAUUUAAGACUUACAGUAUUUAAGACUUUUUUGAGACUCAGAUUUAAGACUCAUUUAUGACUAAUUCAAGACUUAAUACUGAUUCUAGAUUUAAGACUUAUUUAGGAGUAAUUCAAUGUUUUUUAUGAUUAUUUCAGACUGAUUCAACACUCAUUUAAGAUUUAAAUCCAAUACUAAAUUAAGAUUCAAGAUGAAAGAUUAUUUAGUAUUUCAGUAUUCAGGACUGAUUUAUGACUGUUUAUUUAAGACUGAUUCAAGACUUCUUUGAAAUACUUUAAGACUUAUUUAAGACUGAUUCCAGACUUGUUUAUGACUUGGAUUUAGGAGUUAUUAAUGAUAGACAUGUUAAAUACUGAUUUAAGACUUGUGUAAGACUGAUUCAAGACUUGUUUUCAGACUCAGAUUUAAGACUUUUUAAUCACUGAUUUGAGACUAAAUUAAGACUGAUUUAUGACUUAUUUAAGAUUGAUUCAAAACGUAUUUAAGACUUGUCUAAGACUGAUUCAAGACUUGUUUUCAGACUCAGAUUUAAGACUUUUUAAUGACUGAUUUGAGACUAAAUUAAGACUGAUUUAUGACUUAUUUAAGGCUUAUUCAAGACUUGAAAUGAAUACUCAUUCAAGACUUCCAUGUAGGAUUGUUCCAAGACUCGUUUAAGAGUCAUCAAAGACUUAUUUAAGAAUUCAAUUUAGGACUGAUUCAAGACUUGCUUGGGCCUUAAAUUCAAGACUGUUUCACGGCUUGUUUAUGACCUAAAUUUAAAUGUAAGACUUGUUUAGGACUUAAGUUUAAGAAUAUUUUAGGACAUUUUGAAGGUGGAUUCAAUACUUGUUGAAGACUUGUUCAAGACUUGCUAAAUGCCUAUUCAGGACGUUCUUAAGCCUUCUUGAACCUAUGUAGGACCUGUAAAGGUAUUCAAUUCAGGAACAACAUUGCCGCUGAAAAGCCAGGUUGCUUUUAGUUAGCGACGUUAGCAUCAGCAAGUUCUGUGCUUUUUCUUUAGCCGAUGCGACUUUUAAGGAGGCGUUGGUGCCUCGCGCUUAUUACGCUCUGCUCAACUACUUAGUCCAUCGCAGCAGGUUUGGUCAGGAAAGAAGUGUCAUCCCAGCUGGACCGUCCGUCCAAACAAAUCAAUAAAGUCUCUUUUCCACAUCUGAAAAAGCGUUUUUUUGUGCAAGCUGGGCCAACUUAUCUUAUCUUAAUUAGCAUAAACAAGCUCAUGUUUUUGAAAGUCAGCCGUCAUUUAUUUACUCGUCGCGUUCAAUCAGUCUAACACGUAUUUAGACUGAUUCAAGACUUACUGAAAAACCAUUCGAGACUUGUUUUCCACUGAUUCAAUACUUUUCAUUUUAGACUGGUUCAAGACUUGUUUAGGACUUAUUUUAGAAUAGAUGAAGUCUUAUUUAAGACUGAACUAGAAGACUGUUCCUAUGGACGUUCAUUUGUCUCUACAUUACCAAAUAUUUUUUUGAUGUCAUAUUUUGUGUUUGAAUUUUGUGAAGU